GAAACCAACCUAUAGUCACGUGAUAAUGUUUAUGACCUGUCAGAGCAGGAACAUAAACAACAUAUAAAUUGUGCUUAAACCUAUCUAAUCGAGAUAAUAUCGGCUUAUUAGAAUAUUUCCAUACGAUAUCUUUGCUAUUUACAGUUUAAAAAGUCUACUUCUUUUGGAUCGAUUUAACUCGUAACAUAACCUCAAUUGUUGAUUUGUCAAAAGUGUUGUUGUCACUUUGGGGCCCUAGAUUUUAGUUUCUAAACGAUUAAAUUUGGUGUGUUUGAUCGAGUAUCGAGUGAUUUCUUGUUUAUACAAGCUGGAAUUAAAAGGUAGAAUGAACGAUAUCGGUCAGUGCGAUGGAAACGUGGCAGAUAACAGUCCGGUGGAGUAUUGUACGGGAGGAACGGACGGAGAAACACCUGUUUCGAGCCUGUUCAGACCGCGAGGUUCGCUCGCACGAGCGCUAUACGAGAAGCAAAAAGCAGACGAGUACCUUAGCACAAUUGAUAAGAAACAGUGGUACCAAUGUAAUUUGGCUAAUAUGCCAUCUAACAUAUCAUCGAAAUUUGUACAACUAGAACCAGAUGAAGAUACAAAUCAAUUUAUUAGUCAGUCUGAAGAAAAAUCCGAUUCGCUUUUCGUUCAAAUCUGGCAUACGAUAGCAAAGGCGUUCCUCAGCCUGUUCAUGUCGCAAACGUCUAUCAACGGGUGGUUAAGAAGAGGAUCAAUGUUUGUUUUAUCUUAUAAUCAAUUCAUAAAACUGAUGGGUAAAGAUAAAGAUAUGUUAGAAGAUUCCUUAUUGGAUCUGGGGGCGGGUGACGGAGCUGUAACAUCACAUCUGGCGAAGGCAUAUAAGAACGUCUACGUAACGGAACUGUCCAGUACAAUGCAGACGUUGUUACAACAUCGUGGUUUUCAUGUCUUACCUAUUAGUGAAUGGCAAACAAAGAAGUACCACACCGUCGCAUGUUUAAAUUUACUUGAUAGAUGUGAAAAUCCAUUUGGGAUGUUGAAAGAAAUUCGUGGUACUUUAAAACCAAAUGGAAGAGCGGUAAUUGCUUUGGUUUUGCCGUUAUCUCAAUAUGUAGAAACAGGCUCAAAAAAUCAUCAACCAAAGGAAUUCUUGGAAAUAACUGGUUUAACUUUUGAAGAUCAGGUGGAAAGCGCAAUUCAUCAACUUUUCGAGCCAUUAGGAUUUGAAAUGGAAUCAUGGACUAGGGUUCCGUACUUAUGCGAAGGGGAUUUAAAUCAAUCGUUUUAUUGGUUGGAUGACGCCGUGUUUAUUCUAAAACUGAAAUAAUAAGGAACAAGAAAGGAUGAGGAUAUAAUUAUGAGAUCCCAUACAUAUUUUUAGAGAUCUUACUUUUAUUUAAAAUGGUGUUUGGAAAUAAACUUAUUUUAAUCAUU